GGGGCAAGUGCCCACAUCCAAGAUGGCGCCCCCAGGAGCUGGGAGCGGGUGACCGGCGGCGGGGAAGCGGCCUGGGCUGGCCCUCAGAUUGCGGGGUCCCGGGGGCCUGUCGCGGGGCGCCCCCGUGACCCACCGACCGGGCCUUCCCCCGGGCCGGAGCGAUGGCCGCCGAGAACAGCAAGCAGUUCUGGAAGAGGAGCGCCAAGCUGCCGGGGAGCAUUCAGCCUGUGUAUGGAGCUCAGCAUCCUCCUCUGGAUCCUCGGCUCACGAAAAACUUCAUCAAAGAGCGUUCGAAGGUCAGCUCAGUUCCCCUGAAGAACAAGAAGGCCUCCAGUUUCCACGAGUUUGCCCGGAACACCAGUGACGCUUGGGACAUUGGCGAUGACGAGGAGGAGGACUUUUCCUCACCUCCUUUCCAAACUCUGAACUCGAAAGUGGCUUUGGCCACUGCAGCCCAAGUCCUGGAAAACCACAGCAGGCUGAGGGUGAAGCCCGAACGGUCGCAGUCCACAACAUCAGACGUCCCUGCCAGCCACAAGGUCAUAAAGUCCAGCAGUGACGCCCAGCUAUCCCGAAACUCCAGCGACACGUGCCUGAGGAAUCCACUCCACAAACAGCAGUCUCUCCCUCUCCGGCCCAUCAUCCCCCUUGUCGCCCGCAUCUCAGACCAGAAUGCCUCUGGGGCCCCUCCAAUGACGGUCCGGGAGAAAACGCGCCUCGAAAAGUUCCGCCAACUGCUUUCCAGCCACAACACUGACCUAGAUGAAUUGAGGAAGUGGAGUUGGCCAGGCGUUCCCAGGGAAGUUCGCCCGGUGACCUGGAGACUGCUGUCGGGCUAUCUCCCUGCAAACACCGAGCGGCGGAAGCUCACCCUGCAGCGGAAGCGGGAGGAGUACUUUGGCUUUAUUGAGCAGUAUUACGACUCUCGGAAUGAAGAGCACCACCAGGACACCUACAGACAGAUUCACAUCGACAUUCCAAGGACGAACCCUCUCAUCCCCUUGUUCCAGCAGCCUCUCGUCCAGGAGAUCUUUGAACGAAUUCUCUUUAUCUGGGCCAUCCGACACCCCGCCAGUGGGUAUGUCCAGGGAAUUAAUGACCUGGUCACUCCGUUCUUUGUCGUCUUCCUCUCGGAAUAUGUGGAAGAGGACGUGGAGAACUUUGACGUGACCAACUUGUCUCAGGACAUGCUGCGGAGCAUCGAAGCCGACAGCUUUUGGUGCAUGAGCAAGCUGCUGGACGGGAUCCAGGAUAACUACACGUUUGCACAACCAGGGAUCCAGAAGAAGGUCAAGGCGCUGGAAGAGCUCGUCAGCCGGAUCGAUGAGCAGGUACACAGUCACUUCAGGAGGUACGAGGUAGAGUAUUUGCAGUUUGCCUUUCGGUGGAUGAACAACCUGCUGAUGCGGGAGCUUCCCCUGCGCUGCACCAUCCGCCUGUGGGACACAUACCAGUCUGAGCCAGAAGGCUUCUCGCACUUCCAUCUCUAUGUCUGCGCCGCCUUCUUGAUCAAGUGGAGGAAGGAGAUUUUGGAUGAGGAAGACUUUCAGGGCCUCCUCAUGCUGCUGCAGAACCUGCCCACGAUCCACUGGGGCAAUGAGGAGAUCGGGCUGCUGCUGGCCGAGGCCUACAGACUCAAGUACAUGUUUGCCGACGCCCCCAACCACUACCGCCGAUAGGUGCUGUCUCCCCUGGGGACCCAGACCGCCCCCAUCUCUGAUGGCAACUUCAUCACUGUGGCCGCUGUGCAAGCCGUGGACCCCGGCCAGGAAACACUCCUGCUGUACAAAGCUCGCCCCCACCGCCACCGCAGCCACCGCCACCGCCACCCGGGUCUUAAUUCCCAGCAUCCGUCACUCUGUCUCUGGAUGUGUGUCUGGGACGACUGUCAGUAUUCCGUGCCGCAUGGAUGGUGAGAGUCGUCUUUCCCUCCGGAAGACACUGGACAGAAGAAGGGGAGGCCCUGGGUCUGCCCCGCAGUGUCCAUGCGCACACCCGCCGGCUCCCCCCGGGACCAGCUGGCCGGCUCUCUUUUUUUAAAACAAGGAAAACACAUUUUCUAAUAUGCCCAAGGCAUAGGACAUUAGGCUCUAUGCUGUCGCUUCUGUGACUCAAAGUGUGAUCUGGUCACCGGUCAGAGACACUUUGUUUUCAGAACUCCCCGCCCCCAUUCCUUCCCCUCAUUUCCCCUCCCCCUCCUGUCCCAGCUGAGCCAGUGACACAGUGAGUGAGGCCUUCCUUCUCCGUGGUCUGACCCUGAGGAGAGGCCCGCACUCAAGGGCUGGGAAGUACUUUGUCCUUUCCUCGUGGAUUAUCUGUUCCCCCGUGGGUGGGGUGUGCUGUGUGCACGUGUGUGCGCUUGUGUGUUCACGCACUCGUGACUGUGUGUGUGUGUGCACAUGCGCGCACCUGAAUUUGUAUGUAUGUUUGUGUGUGUGUGUGUGUGUGUGUGUGCGCGCGCGCGCGCGCGCGCGCGCUUGCACACGCCCCUGAAUUUGUAUGUAUGUGAGUGUGUGUGCUCGUGCGUGCGUACAAGCCCAUCAGCAUUUUGUCACGUGUCUGAAUUUGUGUCCAGACUAACCCAUCAGAACCAGUUGGGAAGGACCCCAGGGACCAAGCAUCUGAUGGUCUCUCUGGAGGGAUCAGGGCAGGGGAGGGAGAAGGAUGGUUGUUUAGUUCAGUUUUAACCACCUCUUCGAACCCUUUUUCCAGGGUGAAGCACUCCAAGAUAUUAUGUAUAAAUUGUGUUAUUAUGUAUAUGGGUAAAGGUGUACAAAUCUAUGUCCUCUUUGUAGCAGAUAUGAUUUUAUAUUUAUAGCGUGCGUUGACAUGUGAAACCGAGCUAGGUCAUCAGCACAAUUGAAGUUGCUUAAGGGAGGGGCCUGGGGCCUGGUGGAGGUGGCUACAGAGUGUGGCCAGCAGCUGGUCAACAGUCAGUACCCCCGCCCUCCCUCCUUCCCUCCCUCCCUCCCUCCUUCCCUCCACUUCCCAUCCCUCCAGGGCCUCUGUGGAGGACCUGCUCUUUCCUUCCCCUCGCCUCACCCCAGGAAGGACUGGAGAGGCAGAAGGCCUCUCUUAGGUUGUGGACCCAGCCCUCGUCUCCUCAGUGUAAGUCAGCACUGUGGUCAGGACAGAGCUGGCUGACAAGUUAGUGCCAAGAGAAAGGGUCCCUGUGUGUCCCCAUGACCAGGAACUCUUCCUGGAAAGUGGCACUAAGUGUCCCCUACUGCCACCAUCACACCCCGAAGCUCAGGAGGCAGAGGACGCACGCUAGAGUUCUGGUGUUUGGUAGUAGAGGAAGGAGGAUGGGGGUCAGUGGCCGCCAUCCCCCUGGGGUGACAGGCAGUGUUCCCAGGGGUGACACCCUGAAGCUCACUUCCUGUGUCACUCACCUCAGGCCACACCUCAGCCUUGUAAGAGCUCGCUCAGCCAGGCCGUUUCUCAGGCGUUCUUCCCAUCCCACCCUGCCCUCCUUUCCAGAGGGGAGGACUCAGGCCCUCCUUCCCAGAGGGGAGGACUCAGGCCCUCCUUCCCAGAGGGGAGGACUCAGGCCCUCCUUCCAACAGACCCAGUAAAGACAGAGACCCGUGUUCCCGAGUGCUGGUUUUAUUUUUUUAGUUCCAUGUUUAUAUGGGAAAUUGUGGAUAAAGUGAAUGGACUGUAAAUAAAUGGUGUUUCCUCCUCCA